GAGAGAAAAAUGGCGGGCGAGAACCAGAGGAGUAAUACAAUGGAGGACCUGGAAGAUGGGGAGUUGUCUGGAUCCAACUCUGAGUCAGAAAUGGGAAUGGGAUCAAAUGCGGAUGGCCGGGAUAAGACUCCAGCCGCUGUGCCCGCAGCGUUCACUGGCAUGUCGUUUCAGAGCCGCGCCCCUCCGUCCGCACCGGCCACCUUAUCCGCAGCCAGCUACCGCUCCAUGCCCACCGCAGAUUCCUCCGCCAGCGACUCGGACUCUGACGAAGACGCCUCAAUAUGGCGACGUAAGCGCCAGAAGUCCUCUCACCCCCCGCCACCACCACCAACCCGCAUGGAGCAGGGCAGGACCCACGCGCCCAUGUUCGGGGCAACCGCCCCGGGGGGCACAGCGGCAAGCCGCAAGAUCAACAACAUCUGGGGCGCGGUGGUGCAGGAGCAGACGCAGGAGGUGGUGGCGGCCGAGCUUUGCAUCAUGGGGAUGGAGGGGGCGGUGAGCACCAGCGAGAGGCAGAGCGAGACCUACAACUACGUGCUGGCCAGGAAGAUGAUGGAGAGGGAGCGGGCGCGCGAGGGGAACGACGAGACGGCCAUGUUGGAUGAGGAGCUGGAGCACUACAUGAAGGGCCAGGGGCCGACGUCGCAGCAGCAGGGGCCACCGAUGAACGAGAGCGACGGACACCUGAAGAGGAAGAGGUCGGCCAAGGAGAGGCUGGGGCCCCGGGCGGAGAUGGACUUUAAGGGCCGCUACGAGAUCACUGAGCACGACGAAGAGGCGAAGGUGGUGGACGAGAUUGCGCACAGGCUAAUGGAGCCCAAAAAGGAUCUCAUUGAACGGGUGGUGAGAGUCAUUGGAAAUAAGCUGGCCAUUGAACUUCUGUCAGAGACCACAACCAUAGAACAGGAAGGGGGACUGUACACAGUGGACAGAAGCAGGCGGCGGACACCUGGAGGUGUAUAUCUGAACCUCCUAAAGAAGAACCCAAGCAUCACAGAUGAACAAGUCAAGGAGAUCUUCCAAGAAGAAAAUCACAAGGAGGUGGCCAGUAAGAAGGCCGCGAAGAAGAGGCGACGACACGUGGUAGCCAAGAAGAUGAAGCAGGCCAUCAAUACGCUCAACCUGCAGGAGCACGACGACGUCUCCCGGGAGACCUUCGCCAGCGACACCAACGAGGCUCUAGAGUCCCUGGAGGAGGUUCCGGAAGACACAGUGGAACCCGCCGUGGGCACAGAGGAAUCUCCAGUCGUCUACAACUCCAACGACCUGGAGGUGUUUUAACUGCUGCUAACCGGGCUACUGUGUGAGAGUGUCUUUGCGCGUCUCAUUGGCAAAGCCAGGCUGAUGCCUUUUCAGUGGACAGGUGUACAAACACAGAGACAGUAUGGCCGUUAUUGGGCCAAAUGUAACAAAAUGCACUGCCCCCCGUAAGGUUUUUAGUGUGCUGCUGGAAACCUGUGACUAUUCUGAAAAUACUGAAGGUGGUCACUUCCUUCCCAAUUCAGAUAGCAGGUGCCUGUGAGGUUUCUCUGAUGCACAGAUGAGAGUGUGUAGACAUCGGUGUGUCAUCCUUUUCCUCAUUUUCUUGGACUCAUCUUCCAAAAUGGUGAAGAUAUCAAAGAAUUAACUUCUUGUGUUGUGCGUACACUACUACUUGUGUCUACUUACACCUUUUGUAGUGGACAGUGGAGAGCCAGUCAGCUAUCCUGUCUUGUCGUCAAACAGUGUAUCAAACAAAAAACAAUUUAUCAAACAAUCUAAAAGCUGUAGCCAACAAAGUACAGUGAGUGCGCUUUUAUUUGUAUGGACGUACUAUUCUGUUAAUGUUUUCAGUUUUAUUUGGAAAUCCCUAAGAGGUAAGGAUGUGUGUGUGUGUGUGUUUUCAGUUGGUUAAGUGUGAAAUACUGCUCAGAUUUGCGGUUGUGUUGCCAGAUUUCGCCUUAAUUUGGCUGUAAAAUAUUUCAAGUGGUUUGAAGAGCAGCACAGUCUCCUUAAAGAGCACUAAUCUGUUUUUGCAUUUGAAAGAAAUGGAAAUUGUACAGCACCGUUUUUCGAAAGCUCCGACAACCGGUUGUCACAUUGACGAGCAUUGUAGAAAGCGGUGAAAGACAUAUUUUGUCAGUUCUAAGCUGCGACGCAUUGCAGCGGAUCACAAAAUAAAAUCUUGUUUUGCUACUUCAA